UACCCAAGAGGAGGCUAUUCACUUGCAGUGCUCUGUAUAAGCCCCAGAUUCAUAUCCAAGAGGAAGGCCAAUUUGAAACCCUAGACUACCGGGUUUUCUUUCUCGACAAUUCCGGCAAAAAGGUUUCUCCCUGGCAUGAUAUACCAUUACACUUGGGUGAUGAUGUUUUUAAUUUCAUUGUUGAAAUACCCAAAGAAACAAGUGCAAAGAUGGAGGUUGCUACUGGCGAGUCAUACACUCCCAUAAAGCAAGAUACAAAGAAAGGAAAACUUCGAUAUUAUCCUUACAACAUAAAUUGGAAUUAUGGAUUGUUUCCACAAACGUGGGAAGACCCAUCACUUGCAAACUCUGAAGUUGAUGGGGCACUUGGAGAUAACGAUCCAGUUGAUGUUGUUGAGAUCGGUCAAACUCGUGGAAAGAUAGGCCAGAUUAUGAAGGUCAAGCCAUUAGCUGCCUUGGCAAUGCUUGAUGAAGGGGAACUUGACUGGAAAAUAGUUGCAAUUUCAUUGGAUGAUCCAAGAGCUUCACUUGUUAAUGAUAUUGAUGACGUGGAAAAGCAUUUGCCGGGCACUCUCACUGCCAUCAGAAACUGGUUCAGAGACUACAAGAUCCCUGAUGGAAAACCUGCAAACAAAUUUGGUCUUGGCAACAAGGCAGCGAACAAGGAUUAUGCUCUUAAGGUAAUCAGUGAGACCAAUGAAUCUUGGGCUAAACUUGUGAAGAGAUCUGUUCCUCCUGGAGAGCUUUCGCUUGUGUAAAUAUGAACACUGUAAAGUUCGAGGUGCUGGUGCUUCUGCUUGUAACUUUAUUGACAAACCAUAUAUCUUCUCUGUUGCAAAGUGGGCAAUAUUAUUUUUAGACGUCAAAAUCAAUAGUGAUUUUUUUUCCUUUACCACGA